ACAACUAGAGCAGUAUUAGUUUCGUUUCUGUGUAAGGACAGCCUGCCAGCAGCGACUCUGUUAACGUUACAGAGACAAAUUCCUCCCUCCUCUGAGAAAAACGGAACGAUCCACGCUGCCGUUUCCACAGACGAGAAGUUCAGCUACGCGCGCAGCGACGAGGCAGUACAACAACAUGGCAGCAGUAUUUCUGGCUGUGAUCUGUCUCUGCAUCUACGGGUGUGUCUCCGAUCAAGAAGAGAAAACCAUCACAGCUGAACCUGGACGUGACGUCUCUCUACCAUGUAGAGCUGGACAUGAUGGAGACAUCGAUGCUGUGGAGUUGUCCAGACCUGAUCUGGAUCCAAAAGAUGUUCUUUUGUACAGAGAUGGGCGCAUUGAGACAGAAAACCAGCAUCCAUCUUACCAGAACCGGGUGGAUCUUCAGGACAGACAGAUGAAGGAUGGAGACGUGUCUCUGAUUCUGAAGAAGGUGACGACUGAUGAUACAGGAACAUAUGAAUGUAGUGUCCAUCAGAGAGGAAGAAACCGCAGGAAGAGAGACAUCGAGUCCAAGUCCAUCAUCCAUCUGGAAGUUUCUCCUCCAGGUCGAGGACAUCUUGGACUGACUGUGGGUCUGUCAGCUGUUGGGAUCAUUGUGAUGGUUGUUGUUGGUGUCUGGAUCUAUAAAAGAAGAACUCGGCUCCUCCUCCCUGUGACCCAGUCUGACUUGAACCAGUGACUAAUGAUUGUGUCUCAUCAUCAACAUCAGACAGACAGGACAGAAUCAAAACCCUCCAUCAGUCACAAACGCGUUCGUAGCGCAUAUUUUCAAAGCAAAAUGGCGGCGAUCCACCUCUCUACAUCAAUCAUGUGACCCCUUCUUGAAUUGCUACCUUGUCGGGGUGGAGGGGCUUCAAUGCUCAGAUCCUGGAAGCUAUGAUGUUUGGAAUUUCAGGAUCCUGGUGGAGUUUCUCGUGGCAUACUGGUUCCAGGUGAAGAGCUAAACUAAGAGCAAUUCACAUCUUUACACAUGUAUUGGUGGGGAGAGGAUCAUUAAAAAAAAGUCAUCACCAUAACAACUCAAAAUCUUACAUUUACCCAAAAAAAACAAGGAAAUUCUUAGUCAGCAUAAAGUUAUAUAACAUGUUUAGUGUUGGACUCUGACCUGGAACAUGUCAGCAUGUUGAUGGUGUGAACAUUAACACACAGAAAUACUGUUUAUUUCUAUCAUUGUAAACUUUUAAAUAAAACAUUUCUUUACUUCCCAGUUCUUUAGUUAAAGAUGAACUGAAAUAUGUGGAGGUUUGUGUAAAAAUAUUUAGUUUUUUAAAUAAAAUUUAAUUUGAUUAAAUUUAA